AUGGAUAAUGAUUCGAAAAUUCAUCGUUCAAAUAAGACUAUGGCAUCUUCCUUCUUUGAUGAUUUGGAUUUAUUCUUCCACAACGAUGAUGGAAAAAGAAAUCUUCAUUUUGAAUCUAUAUCGAUUCACAAUGACAAUGAUCCUGUUUUGCCUGUGGAGUCUUCGCAGUUAUUUGAGAGCUUCGACGAUCUUGGAAGAAGUGAAGCUAUUGCCAUUUCUCCACAAAACGCUUCAGCAAAUUUACAAUCGAAUAUGGAAAACGAUCCGGCGUUCAAGUGUUUUUGGUCAACAUUAAAUUCUGAAGAAUUGACGCAAUUAUUAACGGAAGAUUCAAAUGAUAAUGAAAAUAUUUUAGUUAAAUCAACGGAUAUUGUGGAAUAUCCGUUUUUCUUUGAUGAUUGUCAACAACAGUAUAUUUAUGUUGAGGUAAACAACCCAAUAAGUAUAAAGACGCAGCCGUGUGCGGAUUACCACGUGCGCUAUGAAGGAGACAACAGACCAUCACCACGCUACACCAAAGCAACUGACAAAAAGGCCAUUCAAAUCGAUUUUUCACCUGACUUAUGUGAUAUUUGGAGAUUUGGGAAAGAAUCUGGAUUCAUUCCUUGGUUAAGAAUCACACGUACAACUGUUCCAAAUUCCGAUUCGAAUGUCAUCUGUCGUCAUCCAUAUCCAAUAUGGAUGAAAAACAAUAGAGCAAAAGUUCAUGACGGAUCAAUAUACAUCCAAAUAAGUGAUGAUGAUAUGUCAAACGGAUACAUCAAAAUCGAGAAUUUUAUCAUAGUUAACAUCAAGCAAGAUAAACUUGCCAUGAUGGAUAGAUUUGCAAUUUAUAAUCCGCUACAAACUGUGUUCUCUGAAUAUUGUGAUACACACACAAAUAAUGCAAAAACGAUAAUCGACACAUUCAAUCUUCGUCAAUCGAAGGUCUCCUUUCAAAUAAUGAUGGUUGAUGUUAAUAAUAUAAUAUACCCAAUGAAUUGCUGUUGUGAAACAAUAGCAAUGACCGAAUAUACAGGAAAGAAAACCAGUGUAGAAUCGGAUGAAUUAUCAUCAUCUAAAAAACGUAAAAGAAAUGAAGAGCAAUUCCAAUUACGAAAGACAAAAGCAAAGAAAGUCAAAUCAGGCCAUACCUAA